CUUAAAUAAAAUUAUAAUAGUGAAAGCUUAUUUGAGAACUUCUUGCUAUAAGGAAUACUGAAAGUUAUCUCAGAUUUUGAUCCCAUUCAAAGAUGGAGAAAAGAGUGGAAGCAGGAGAGUAUCAUUCCAAGGAUUUCGAAUGGGAAUUUGUAAAAGAAUUGGUCGACAACGAUCCUUCUCUCUCCCACCAUCUCCAACAUCGAGAUUUCUCCUCUGCUUCACCAGAUUCGAAGCCGUGGCAAGAUUUCCACUCUCGUCACUUCUCCGGAAAAUUCUUCAAGGAAAGAAGGUAUUUGUUGAAGGAAUUUCCAGAAUUGGUUUCUUGUGGAGAGAACUCUAAACUCUUGGAAGUAGGUUGUGGUAACGGAAGUACAGUUCUUCCGAUUUUAUGUGGAAGCAAGAACAUUACGGUAUACGCUUGCGAUUAUAGCAGCGAAGCUCUUAUUCGAACCAAAGAGAACAUUGAUCGAUCUAUUGCUACAGUUGAUAACUACCAUUCUUUCUAUUGUGACUUUACAACGUCUGAGUUCCCGAAUUGGAUGGCCUGUGAUUGUUGUCGAGACAACUUUCUGCUUAAGCAAGAUUGCUACCAUAGAGGAGAGAGUGAAGGCGUGCACGUGAGGUAUGAAUGUUCAAUGAAUGAAAAGUGCAUCGGAGGGGUGGAUUUUGUCACUCUGAUUUUUACAUUAUCGGCAGUGCCUAAAGAAAGGAUGCCGAAUGCUAUCAAAGAAUGCUUUACUGUGCUGAAACCUGGUGGUCUAAUUUUGUUCAGAGAUUAUGGCUUAUAUGACAUGACUAUGCUGCGGUUUGAGCCAGAAAAACUUAUCGGUUUUAGGGAAUACGUGCGGUCUGAUGGAACCCUUUCGUAUUUCUUUUGUCUCGACACUGUCCGGAGCCUAUUUAUCAAUGCUGGAUUCAUUGAGGUUGAGCUUGAAUAUUGUUGUGUAAAAGCAAUAAACCGGAGAAAGGGUAAGAACAUGUACCGAGUUUGGGUCCAUGGGAAGUUCCAAAAGCCUUUUCUAAACUAGGCAAGUGUUGGUCCAAUAUAUAAUGACUAUAGAAAAUUAUUUCUUUAAAGAUUGAAUGUUCAUUGUAGUUUGAUAACGUAGCUUGUAAUAUUUUCUCGAACCCUCUUAAUUUUAUUUGUUUAAUUCAAGUAUGAAUUCAUCUCUUACGUCUCAG